AUAUAUGAUUCAACUUCAAAAACCCCUUUCCAUUCCCUUCCUCUUUCUUCCACUUUUAAAACUCAUGGCUGAAUCGCUUCUUUUCAGCUCUGCAGAAUCGCUCCUUGGGAAGCUUGCUUCUGCUGCCCUUCAAGAAGCUUCUCUAGCGUUUGGUGUGCACCGCCAUCUUCAACACAUGAAAGAAACUAUGGGACUCAUAAGAGGUGUGCUUUUAGAUGCCGAGAAAAAGAAUCCGCAGAGCAGUGCCCUGAGCGAAUGGCUGACUCAAAUCAAGCGCGUGUUUUCUGAUGCUGAAGACAUAGUCGAUGAUUUUGAGUGCGAAGCAUUGCGGAAACACGUUGUGAACACCUAUGGUAGCUGUUCAAGAAAGGUACGCCGUUUCUUCUCAUCAAGUAAUCCUGUUGUUUAUCGUCUUAGAAUGGCGCAUCACAUUCAAGACAUCAACACCAGGUUGGCCAAACUUGCAGCUCAAAGAAGCAUGUUUGGCCUUCAAGUCAUUCAUCUAGACACACGUGUCGUGCACGUGAGGGAAAUGACUCAUUCUCAUGUAAACCCUUCCAAUGUUAUAGGGAGGGAAGAUGAUAAACAAGAAAUAAUAAAACUUCUGUUGAAAGAUGAUCAUGGCCAAAGUCUCUCAGUUAUUCCCAUUGUGGGAAUGGGAGGCUCGGGAAAGACCACACUUGCUAAGUUGGUCUUCAAUGACGCCACUAUUAAUGCAUGUUUUCCGUUGAGGAUGUGGGUGUGUGUCUCCAAUGACUUUGAACUUAGGAAUGUGCUCAUUAAAAUCCUCAAUUCUGCUCCAAACCCAAAUAGGGAAAACUUCAAUAACUUUGAGACAGAGCAACUUCAAAUUCAUUUGAGAAAUACACUUGAAGGGCAGAAGUCCUUGCUUGUGUUGGAUGACGUGUGGAACGAGGAUCGUGCAAGAUGGGAUGAGUUGAGAGAAAUAAUAGAUGUGGGUGUUGAAGGGAGUAAGAUCCUAGUGACUACUCGUAGCCAUAAAGUAGCUGCCAUUAUGCACACUAAAUCCUCAAAUUCGUACCUUCUAGGAUGUCUCUCCGAAAAGGAUUCUCUUUCUCUAUUUGUGAAAUAUGCUUUUGAAGAUGGAGAUGAGAUGAAACAUCCACAACUAUUGAAAAUUGGGGAAGAAAUAGUAAGAAAAUGUGGAGGGUUACCAUUGGCGGUGAAAACGGUGGGGAGUUCACUGUUGUCAAGGGUUGACGAGAGAGAGUGGGAGAGUGUAAGAGACAAUGAGAUUUGGAAUUUAAAACAAAAUGAAAAAGACAUUUUGCCUGCUCUCAAACUAAGUUACGAUCAACUCCCUUCAUACUUAAGACCCUGUUUUGCUUCUUUCUCCCUUUACCCGGAAGACACUUUUCUUUUUACUUCUCAAGUUUGUAGGUUAUGGGGAGGACUUGGUUUUCUUCCACCACCAAAGGCAAGUGAAUCAAUGUUUGAUGUUGCCACUCAAUUGUUACAUGAGCUAUGGUCAAGAUCUUUUCUUUCAGAAUAUGAAGACUUUGGAGGUGAUUUCCGGUUCAAAUUACAUGAUUUGGUGGUUGAUCUUGCCAAAUAUAUUGCAAAGGGUGAGUUUGAAAUAAUACAAAAGCACAAUCCAAACUUAUACAAGAAUGCCCAUCAUUUGUUAUUAAUGAAUAAUAAUUUGCAUGAUCAAGCUCUUCUUCCCUCAAGUCUAAGAAGUAUCAUUUUUCCUAAUGGAGCUAAUAAUGAAGAUUUCUUGAAUACAUUGGUAUCAAGGUGCAAAUUCUUGAGAGUUUUAAUCUUAGAUAUAUGUGAAUACGAAAGUCUGCCUCGCUGCAUCGGAAAGUUGAAACAUUUAAGAUAUCUCAGCCUUUCGAACAAUGAAAACCUUACGGAACUCCCUGAUUCAGUUUGCAAACUUCAAAAUUUGCAAGUCUUGAACCUUAAAGGAUGCAUAAAGCUACAAAAGUUACCCGAAGGACUAGGAAAUCUAAUAAGCCUUCGUCACCUGUUUAUAACCACCAAACAACCUGUUUUUCCAGAAAAAGAAGUUGCAAGUUUGACUUCUAUAAAAAAUUUAAGAUUUUAUAAUUGUGAUAAUUUGGAGUCAUUGUUCAAAGGAAUACUACUACCCACUCUUAAAAGAUUGACUUUAAUUGAUUGUAAAAGUCUAAAGACCGUGCCGUUCCAUGCCAUAAAAAAUUUAGAGGUUUUAGUGAUUUCCAACUGCAAGAAGUUGAAAUUGUCAAUGGGCCUUAGCGACGAAAUCCUUUAUUCAAGGUUGAAGCUUCUCAUUCUUGUAGACUUGCCAAGUCUAGUCAGAUUGCCUCGGUGGCUUCAAGGAUCUGCCAACUCUUUACAGUCCUUAGCUAUUGAACAUUGCUUGAAUCUUGAGGAGCUUCCCGAUUGGCUACCAACUCUAAAUUGUCUCCAACGACUUUCAGUUCUCUAUUGUCCAAACCUAUCAUCACUCCCUCAUAACAUGCUUCACCUCACAAAUCUAAAAGAGAUAGAUGUCACUGGUUCUUCUGAAUUAUGGAAAAGAUACAGGCCAGGAGUUGGACAGGAUUGGCACAACAUAUCUCAUGUCAAUCUUGUUUGGCAAGAUUAUCGAUCAGAAAAUGAAAAAGAAUUAACAGUCAAAAGUUGAAGGUAUAUACUAAUUUCACCAUUUAACUUUUUUUAUAUUAUUAUUUUUCAACUAUUCCUUUUUCUAAUUUUAAAUGAUACAUUAUACUAUUUUGUGAGUCCCUCCACAUCAGGAACUGAUCUAAUAACAUAAAGUUAUGCAAUCUCCUAUUUACAUGCAAACUAUGUACUUUCUAUAAAUUUAUACAUUUUUUUC